CCCCCCCCCGCCCAGAGGCUGCAGAACGAUCUGUCAUGGCGGCCGGGGUGUUAGGUUUGUGCGGUCGCCGCCUUUUGGCAGCGGCAGCGACGCGAGGGCUCCCGGCUGCCCGCGUUCGCUGGGAAUCCAGCUCCUCCAGGGCUGUGAUCACCCCGUCCGCUGUGGCGGGAAAACGGCCGUCGGAACCGACUUCACGCUGGCAGGAGGACCCACAUCCCGAGGACGAAAAUCUGUAUGAGAAGAACCCAGACUUCCACGGUUAUGACAAGGACCCCGUUGUGGACCUCUGGAACAUGCGGGUCGUCUUCUUCUUCGGCUUCUCCAUUGUCUUGGUCCUUGGCAGCACCUUUUUGGCUUAUCUGCCUGACUACAGGAUGCGGGACUGGGCCCGCCGGGAAGCUGAGAGGCUUGUAAAAUACCGAGAAGCCAACGGCCUCCCCAUCAUGGAGUCCAACUGCUUCGACCCCAGCAAGAUCCAGCUGCCAGAGGAUGAGGACUGACCGGCUGCUGAGAGGAGCUUAAGAAACACCACCUUCUCCACUCCCUGCCUCCAACACUGCCCUCUCAGAGCACCUAAUUAAAGGGACUGAAAGUGUGA